AUGAACACACUUCUUUCUCGUUUAAACACUAUAUUUGCGUUUACUUUAACAGUACUCGCCGCUCUGAUAUUCCUUUGUUUCCUAAGGACGCUUUUUAAAAUUCAUCAAGCCCCACUUCACUUACAGACGAAGAAAGUUUUAGUUAAAAAUGUUCAAGACUUCAGUGUUUCUAAGGACAAGAAUGACUUGGGAUUCAUAACGUUUGACCUUGAAGGAGAUAUGAAAGGUAUCUUCAACUGGAAUGUAAAACAGUUAUUCCUGUAUUUAACAGCGGAGUACACUACAAAGAAAAACAUAAAAGAAGAUUCAUGCAUAGCUGAGCUUAAGGACAAAGUUGCCGCAGCACUAACGAAUAAUGAAGAACUGGAGAAAGUGGUUUCAAAACUUAAAGAGAAAGUUGUGGAUCUUGAGCGGAAAUACGAGAAGUGUGAGGAGCGGUUGCUUUCCUUUAAAAACAUCGCCUCAAAUGACUCACUAGUAGCAUUUUACACCGGCUUUCCAAACUACCAAACAAUGAUGGCCCUGUACGAUUUUUUGGGUCCUGGUGAGCAGGGUGAGAACAUCAACUAUUGGCUGUCUGGAAAAGGUUUUGAUAGCACCCCCAAGUCUGUGAAAAAGGAAGACCACGGAUCUUAA